AUGNCACAAUGUCAAGGAAAAAAUCAACAAUGGACAUUUAAUACAGCAAAUCAAAGUAUUAUAUCUCAAAUGAAUGGAAAAUGUUUGGAUGUAUUUAAUUUUGAUGGUCCAAAUGUAGAUGCAUUUUCAUGUAAUAAACAAGAUAAUCAAGCAUGGAUAUGGAAUUCAGCUAAUGGAACUGUUCAAAGUAAACAUAAUGGUGCAUGUUUAACAUCAAAAGCAGAACUUGAAGUAUGGGCAGGUCCACUUUCAGAUGGUUCACAAGCUGUAGUUUUAUUUAAUAGGCGUAAUUUUGGAAAUGAAUCAAUGACAGUUAAAUGGAGUGAUAUUGGUUUUCCUGUUGAUCGUUCAGCUAUUGUUCGUGAUUUAUGGGCUCGAAAAGAUCUAGGCACAUUUACUGGUAGUUAUACAUCACCAAAAAUAGAUCAUCGUGCAGUGAUGAUGUUAAAAAUUACUCUCACAAAAUAG